AUGUAUAAAAAAGCUUGUGGUGCGACUGCUGGCUGCACAGAACCGGAACCUGAUAGAGACCCAAUAAUUAUUAGAGAUGCAACGAAAACCAAUUUUACAGAAUGUGAUUAUAAUGACUAUGAUAUAGUUAAGGCGGUUCAGUAUGGUGCUAUAAAAAGAGUGCAAGAUUUAGUAGAUGCUGGAUAUGAUGUCAAUCAACCAGACAAUGAUACUGUAUCUCUAUUACAUUGGGCUGCAAUCAAUAAUCGAGUAGAAAUUAUAAAAUAUUUAUUAGAAAAAAAUGCAACAGUUGACGUAAUUGGAGGUGAUUUAAAUGCUACUCCAUUGCAUUGGGCAUCCAGACAAGGGCACUUAGCGUCUAUUGUACUUCUCAUAAAAGCUGGAGCGGAUCCAGAAAUCAUGGACGCCGAGGGCUGUAAUUGCAUGCAUUUAGCAUCACAAUUUGGUCACACAGCAGUCGUCGCAUAUUACAUAGCUAACAAUAUUAGUCCAGAUUCAUUUGAUACGGGUGGAAUGACAGCUCUUAUGUGGUCAUCAUGGAAAAUCAUGUCUCUUGAUCCUGUAAGACUUCUACUAACACUCGGAGCGAAUCCAAAUCUUCAAGACUUGACACACGGAAACACCGCUAUGCAUUGGGCAAUAAUGGCGAGAAAUCCAAGAGCCAUUUAUACAUUAAUAUUCAAAGGAAAAGCUAAUUUAGAUAUAAGCAAUCAAAGAGGUGACACCGCUUUGCAAUUACUCCAACAACAUAUCAACUCUCCAUGGAUUCACUACGAAGUCGCUGAUAGAAUUAAGGAUAUCACUCAAAGAAGAUCGAACGCAAAUAUUCUCAUGAAAUUAACCAUGAACCAAAGACUUCGAUGGUGGACGUUGGUGAUUCUUCCAUUUGUUUUUCUUUUCACCAUUGGACUUAUUAUAUCAAUUGACACCUUCUUCAUACUCAAAAUUCUUAUACUCUGCGUGUUUUGUGCCAUCGUAUCAAUUGUCAAACGUAUAAUGUUAGAUGAUAAUCUUCAAUCUCAGCUUCCACUUUAUUUCUAUUGGGCAAGUAAAGCUUUCUUCUAUGUGUCAUGGGCAUUCUAUAUAAGUCGAGUUGUUUCAUCAUUUGUAACGUUGCUAUUUAUAUUCGUCAACAUUCUUCUUUGGAUCGCCUUUAUAAGACUUUGGAAAGGUGAUCCAGGCAUCAUCAAGACUACACACAGUCAACGAUUGAAAACAAUUAUUGAACUGUCAAACAUGACAUUAGAGAAGGGAAAAAAUGGAUUUGAACCGACGAAAUUUUGUUCAGCUUGUCUCGUCCAGAAACCUCUGAGAUCAAAGCAUUGUUCAGUAUGCGAUCAUUGCGUGGGUAAAUUUGAUCAUCAUUGUCCAUGGAUUGGCAAUGACGUUGGAGUUGGCAAUCAUCAAACAUUUAUGUUGUUUCUGUUCUUGAUUCUUUCUGUCAUGGUUCUUAUAUUCUAUGGAGGUGUCAUGUUUUAUUCCGUCGAAUGUAAUUUUACCGUUGCUGAUGGAAUUUGGAAUGCAAUAUUGACAAUUGAAAGUUGUUCGCCUUGGGUUGCGUGGAUGAUGAUAAAUGGUUGGUUUCAUCUUCUUUGGGUGUCAAUUCUUACCACAAUUCAAAUUUACCAAAUUGUUUUCAUCGGUAUGACCACAAAUGAGAGAAUAAAUCGAGGAAGGUAUAGACAUUUUAUGGAACUAGGUGGGAAAUCGCCAUUUAAUCUUGGACCAUGGCGAAAUCUCGCUGAAUUCCUUCGCUGCACUUGUUGUGGUCUUCUUAAAUUCAAAAGUAACAAUUGGAUGGCAUUUUCAAAUAGAAAUGACGAAAACUUGAUAGUACCGGAUGAACAAUUGCAAUUUGUUUAAACUUUUGGCUGUUUACCUUUGCUCCAUUUCAAAGCAUUUGUCAUUGAAUGAAGUUGUAGAUAUUUUUAAAUCAAAGUUGUCAUCGAAUGAAAGA